AUGCCUAUGGUGAUGGUCGGCAUGUUAGGUAAGCUUGCAUCUCACUGUGAUAUUGUACAGAUUAACGCUCAUCAUAGCAGCCCAAUCUCCCCAAGGGACCAAAAACCUGAUGAAUUCCUUUGGGAACAUGAAGAGUGUAGCCAGAAAACAUGGGGUAUUCGCCAACUGACUGGAAAUGUACUGCAAGUUUAUUCUCUAACUGUCAUCACAUGUGCUGGGAUACCUACCAUCCACGACAUCAAUCAUAGAAUUUAUCUUUUACACCUGGUGCGUUGGAUUGAAUCAUGCAUUUUAACUUUUAUUGACAGCAUUGAUGUUAUCUCUUCAUCUUUUGAUGGACAAUCGGUUGUGAAUAGGCAGAGAAUGGUAUACAAAGCCAUAUGGGAAGAGCUUCAAAACACUGUGCAUGCGGUGGACCAAAUGACCACCAGGACCCCCACAGAAGCAGCUUCAGAGAAAUAA